GUACAUUCCCCUCUCCAACCACCUUUGGACUUCAUGUUUGAUCAUCUUCUCGACAACAUUUGAUUUCUAAAAAUCUAGCUGGGAAUAAUGUUUUCCUAUUUUAUUUUUCUGGUCGCCUCCUCAGUUACUUUUCUGUGCACCCACCAAGUGUCCAGUAAAGAUCCUAACUGCACAGAGUAUCCUGUGUUCACUCCACCUGCACUGAUAGUGAAGUACGGUGACCCAGCCAAUGUUACAUGUGUUGUAUGUCAGAAGGACUGCAGUGGAGUUUUUUUUGGUUUGGAGCACGCUGUGGGAAAAGAUACAAAAAAUGGAACCACCAUAUUCUGGACGGUUGACAGACUGACUGAAUGGGACACAUCUCUACAGUGCUAUCAUACCAAUAAUGUUGGUGAUCAGUGUACUAGCAUUCUGAAUCCAACUCUUUAUGAGCCUCCAGAAAGUGUCUCCAUCAGCUUUGUAAACCACACUGGGAUGAUGACUGAGAAUCAGCAGUACACCCUGCAGUGUAGCGUACAGAACGUAGCUCCUGUUCAAAGCCUCACUGUGACCUUCUACAGAGGAAACACAGCACUGGGUCACCUACAGUCCAACCACAGUGAAGAGAAGAAACCAGUGAAUGAGACCUUCACUCUGAACAUCACUCCCAGUAGAGAAGAUGAUGGAGCCCAGUACUGGUGUAAAACCAAGCUGGAGCUGGGACCAGCUGGACCACAGCCCCCUCCAGUGGUGAAAUCAGAAACACUCAAUUCUACAGUCUAUUUUACUACCACAACCAGAAAGCCAGAACCUACAACCAUUAAAUCAACAACAAGGUCAACCACAAGAGCCACAACACCCCAAACUACAAAGUCAACAACUACAACCACCAAAUCAACUACAAGCUCAGCCACAACGACAACAGUGACCACGACAGCAGUAAUUGCACAGAGAAGCACUAAACCAACGAGCAGCUCCAACAAAAUAUUAACUCACAGCUUCAUGUGUUUAAUGCUUCUGCUCUCUGCUCUCAUCUGAUUUCAUAUCAAAAGAUUGCAUGAGCCUAUUAUAACAAUGAAUGUAAUUAGAUAAUAGCAAAUACUUCAUUCGUUUUCUGUAUAGCUUCUUAGCUUUAAAGACAGUGAGUGAGCAGUAUUUAAAUGACUCGUUUUUCUAUAUAUGCACACACAUAGCAAACUAAGGUGACUAGUUAGAGUUGCUUUCUUUUAUUUAGACCAUUAGAGUCGUUUACAGCUGUGCUAGAAACGCCAACAAGGUCAGAGGCAGCACAAGUUACAACAAAUCAUUUCAGCCAGAGAAAAGUCAGGAUCAGUCUGUGGAUUAAUCCUGUGAGGAUCAUGAAUGCCAAAUUGAUAACCAAACAGUCCGACAUUGUAACCAUAUACCAAAGUGCUGAUUUGUAUACAAAUACACAUUAUACAUUUUUUUUUGCUUUAAUGCUUUAUUCACUGACAGCCACUAUAACACAUCUCCCUGUAGUUACAAUAACAGCAGUCUUAGCUUCCUUCUUUAUAAUGAAACACAUAUGUUUUAUGUCUGUAUAUUGAUUUUUCUAUGUACGUACAUCAAAUAUGAACCGAAAUAAAGUUGUUGAUUUUUUAA